AUGGACCUUACAACGCUAUUUUACAAUCUUCGAGAAGAAGUGUCUUGUUCGGUGUGUUCGGACUUAUUUACGGAUCCUAAACAUCUCUCCUGUCUGCACAGUUUCUGCUUAAAGUGUCUGGAUCGAUGGUACGAAACGUGCGGCGGCGGACAGGCCAUUAAAUGCCCGAAGUGUCAAACCCUAAGCAGAGUACCUGCGAGCGGUGAUCUAAAAGAUCUUCCAACCAGCUUCUAUUUGAACGGCUUGAUCGAUGUUCUUGCUAUUAAAGAAUGCAAAAGCACUCAAGUGACAUGUGGAAACUGUGACAAGAAGAGUUCAGAAGCUUCGUAUUGUUUCCAGUGUUGCAUAUUUUAUUGCGAGCAAUGCCUGGUUGGUCACAAUAUGAUGCGAGAAAAAAAGGAACACCGCGUAUUGGCAGUGAAAGAGUUCCAAGACAAGGACUACGAGGAUGUAUUGAAGCGACCAGUGUUUUGUUCAAAGGAGCGACACCAGAAAGAAGAGCUUAAAUACUACUGCAAAGAAUGCGAGACGGCUCUUUGCCAAACUUGCGUCACUUUGAAUCACGGAGGUCAUGAUUUGAGAUUAAUCGAAGAAGAAGCCGAAAACAAAACACUCGAAAUAAAAUCUAUUCUUCAAUCGCAGAGAGAAGGGUUAGAUGCAAAACUGAACGUAAUUGUUGAACUAGACGAAGACUGUGCUAAAGUGAUUCAACAAAGUGAAAUCGCCAGGAGAGAUGUCCAAAAAUUUGCUGAUGGUUUGAUCAAGAGAAUUCAAGCUAAAAUGAAAAGUGUUAUUACCGCUGUGGAAAACCAAACGAAGAAGUCACUCGAAAUUUUAAAAGUAAAAAGAAGUGCGAUUCAGCAACAGGUAAAUGCCACCGAAUUAUCACUGAAGGAAGCUGAUAAACUUUUAAAACGAAGUACCACCGCGGAAGUUGUUCAACUUAAAAAAUCAUUACAGACAAUCUUUCAUAGAGUGGAUCAGAACGAGCCUAUUGUGUAUGACCCCAGUAGUCUACAAACUUAUCUUUUUGUAGAAAAUAAGAAGAUGCUCGAUAUUGUCAAUGGAGAAAAAAUUGGAGUUUUAGAAGAAGCUUUUCGAACAAAAGCAAGUGAAUCUGUGGCUGAAGGUGCAGGACUGAAAGAAGGAACUGUAGCGCGUAAAGCUCAAUUCAAUGUGACCACAAGAAACGCAGAGAGAAAGCAGGGGUAUGAUGAGAGGGACCGCAUAACGGUAGAGAGCAAGGGCGAUCAAGGACAAGAAUGCGUGACGGAAGUCCGAAUAGAUGAUAACAAAGAUGGGACCUACAAAAUCACUUAUUAUCCCAGAGUUCAAGGAACAUUCAAAUUAUUAGUUAAGGUAAACGGGGAACAUAUUUCUUGUAGCCCUUUUACUGUGAUUUUAAAACCAUUUCAAGUCAAACCUGUUUUAUCUUUUGGAAAGGAAGGCUCGAGUGAUGGAAUGUUUCAGUAUCCUCUGGGGGUGGCUGUGAGUGAUGGGGACGAAAUAGUAGUAGCUGAUCAGUCUAACUAUCGGGUUCAAGUGUUUGACAGUAAUGGUACUUUCUUAAGAUCCUUUGGUCACCAAGGUGAAAGUGCUGGAGAGUUCAAAUACCCUUACGGAAUAGCCAUUAAUAAGGACAGGAAUAUUUUUGUAGCAGACAAUAAAAACCACAGAAUACAGAUUCUUAGUUGGGAGGGGAGGCACCUGGGUUCAUUUGGCGGCAAAGGACGCCUUGAUAGUCAGCUCUUUUUUCCUUGGGGUUUAUCCUUAGAUAGUACUGGUAAUGUUAUUGUUGCUGAUUCAGGUAACAAACUGAUUAAGAUCUUUACCCCGGAUGGUAGGUUUGUAAUGAAGAUAGGUGGGCAGGGUUCCUUAAAUGGUCCUGUUCACUGUGCUCAGUCUGGUGAAUAUUUCAUGGUGUCAGACACAAAUGAACACUGUAUCAAAGUAUUUAACAGGGAGGGGCAUUUUAAGUACAAGUUUGGUGAGCAGGGGCAGGGGGACGGGGAGUUUAUUUAUCCACGUUUUCUGUCAGUGACUCGGUCAAAGCACCUGUUGGUUUGUGAUCAGAACAAUCAUAGAAUACAAGUCUUUGAACUAGAUGGAAAGUUUGUAGGAAAAUUUGGAACAAAUGGCAGCAAAUUAAGAGAAUUCAAGGAACCAUUCUCGGUGGCUGUUCUAAGUAAUGAUCAAAUUGUUGUGUGCGACAAAGCCAAUCAUCGAAUUCAGAUAUUUCAAUAAAAAUUGUUCUUUUUUCCUGAGAAAACUAUAUGAUAAGCAAAUCCCUCUUUGAUUAAUAAAUGCAUUUGUCUGCCGUACAGCAGUGCUGUAAUGUUAUUGUAGGCAAGUGAAGCCAAAUUUAGUCCGAGGAAAAACCGUGUGGUCUUAAAUCAAGUUAUGUACAAAACUUACUUGUUUUAAAAGGAAUGAGUUAACUUGAAUAUUUUUUUAAUAAACUUCUGUAUUCGAUAAACGCGCGAUUUCUUCUUUGAUUGUUACUAAUAUUCAUUCUCAACCAAGUUACAGAAUGGUGGCAGUGGUAAGCUUAUUUUUAAACAGAAAUACGUCAUUGCUAAAUUAAUAUCUAUUUGUGUUUGAAAAACUUAUUAAUAUUCAAUAGGCAUAUUCUCGUGGAAGGACAUGAAAAAGUCAUCUGACCGACAAUUCCCUGAGGCGAGAGAUUUGAAUUGCGCCUUGGGGACAUACGGAGUUGAAUGAUUGAAACAGUGGAAUGCUAUGCUAAUAAUGGGGAGGUCACUGGAAAUAAAUUCAAAAAUGAAAAAUUCAACAAAAACCUUAUGGAUGGCGAAAAAACAUAUUCACCCUACUGAAACGACCAAAAGAGUGUCAGUUUAUUAGAGCUUAUUCUUAAAUGAAGGAACUUUUUAACCGAGAAACCUGACACCAAAUAAAUUCUUAAUUAGUACUAUAAUGAUUAUAAAGACUGCUUAGCAUGUUAAGGAGGGGUGAUAUAUAUACAAUUUUUACCUGUGUUCGACCAAAAACCCCUCAUGUCGCGUUGCAAUCACUCACCUCCAUUAUCUUCUUUCCUCUCGUGCUGUUAUCAACGGUGGAAAUCGGAAGCUUAAGCAACGACGAGAACAGCAAAAAGCAAUAAGUCUAUUCAUGUACUUGCAACAUGUACGCUUAUGGCUGUCGUAUUUGCAAAAUUAUUGCUUUAAGCAAACAAUUAAACAAAAUUCCACCGGGUAAAUGCGACAGCUUUAAGCUUUUGUUGCAAAUGAAUCCAUGCACCCUCACGACUUAUUUGCAUAAAUAACUUUACUUGACCAACCUUUCCAAUUCUGAAGUCUUGGUUGUCAUUUUUUAAACAACACAAUCAAAAAGGGAAAUUUAUUAUUUGGCAGUACUAUAGAAAUGGAAUACUCCAGGAACUGAGUUUUGGAAGAUGUUCAAACACUCGCGGCACUACGUGUUUUAAAGAUUGCAUCGUCUUUUACACUAACGAUUUCCCGCCUUCUUAUUGGUCGAGAGCUAUGAUAUGGUAGAUGAGAAUACAGACCAUGGAAAUGACGUGAUGGUGAAGUAAUCACCUGCGCGAUUGUCGGAGAAAAGAACUUAAUUAAGAAUGGAGAACAAUUUUCCAUGAUCGAAACUCUUAUCGGUCAUAGAUGACGUGAAAAUAUUCGAAACUAACGUGGAACCAAGAGCGUGGUUUCACUACAAAGUUUUGAACAAUUUGACGUCAUUUCUAUGGUAGAUAACAGUACAUGUAUAUACAAUCUUUGUCGAUCCGCUUUUUACAAUAACAUUAAUUGUUACUUUUGAGCAGACUUCAAACUAACAGCGUCAUUUAUUGAAUUGCUGCACACAACAUCGAUUGCCAUGGAAACAAAGCUGCCUAAAAACAGGCGAGUAUGUCAGCGGUGUUAGGGGCACAGGGCAACCAGGGCUGUCGGGAAUUGGGAGGGGAGGGGAGACACCUGGGUUCAUUUGGCGGUAUAGGAAACCUUGAUAGUCAGCUCUCUGACCCUUGGGGUUUAAUCCCUAGAUAG